UUGUUCUGUUGGAAUAUUUGUUCUGUUGGAAUAUUUGUUCCGUUAAAUAAAAGUUUUUGUUUAAGAUCCAGGGGUUGGGAGUGAAAAGAAGAAGUUGAAGAUCUCAAAGAAAGAUUUGAACCAGGAUUAUGACAUCACAAUGGUUGACAAUCGUGGUCGGAACAAAGUGGUGAAGGGAGGAAAGGGAAGCAAAAGGAAGAGCCAGGAAAUUAAACCAAAACCACCAAAAAUCGCAAAACAAAUAAUGAAACACGUUGAUGCGGCGGACCUGCAAGCAAUGAGCAACCGCCGGGGGAAGCAGAGAGUCAACUUUUCAUUGGACGAGGAUUCUAUUCUAUUGUUGUGUAAAGUUGUGGCAACAGUGUUGCUUAAAAAGACGAGCGCAUCGACGCGAACCACCUUUGGCACGGCCACCCACUGGAGUUUGGUACGAGAUGUGUUGUUGCGUAACUGUUCAAAGUCUUGCGAUAAAACAUCAACGGCUUGUUCGAGACGGCAACGAUUUAUUAUGAAAAAUAAACUGACGAGGAUAUGUCACGAUUUAUCGGUCGCCGAGGUUUUGGCCGACGUUGAUUUGGUUGAGAAAGUUCUUCGUGGUCGAGUGGAUUUAACAGAUCAGGAGGCCUCCGCAUGCUUCAUGGAACUACUACCGUUGGUAAAGUUAAAGUUCAAGGGUGGGGUCCAUGGUACAAUGGAGGGCGUGAUCCCCGAUUCUGUGGAUGAACUCAAUCAAAGUUACGCAGUACAAGCAUUCACAACGGAACCAACCGACCACGACCACGAGGACGGGAUAACGAACAAAGAUGACGUGUUAAAAUGUUCUAUUGAGAAUCUUAUAUUUGCCGUGCUCGCUUCCGAUGAAAAACAUUUUAAUCAAUACCAGACGUACAAAAUAUUCGAGGAUUAUCCCGAACCUCUGGUCAGCCAAGUGUCCGAGUUAUUGAAGAAAAGAAACAUUGUAUCAAAGAAAUUGGAAAAUCCACAUCGGAAACGAAAUCUCCCGUUUGCAGUGCCAAGCUACCAUAUCACGAAGCUAUACUGGCAGUCGUUCCGAUCCCAACAUUUCUCCCAAGUUUUCGACGAUUGUAUUUCUUCGAUCAAUGAUUUGGAAACCCAGUCGCCCGUGACGUACAAACUCGAUGUUAACAGUGGAUCUAUUGUUUCUAUGUUAAUGUCACUCCUGGACGACGAUUUAUCGUUGGAAAUUAACUUCCCCACUGAACUAGUGAUGUCGGAUUUCAAGUCAAUUAUCGGAACUGACUUUUAUAAAAGCAUGAAAGCAACCGAAGAAUCCAUGUUGGCCGACAGUCACGCAAAGAACGACGAUCCCAGAAAAAAGAAGUUAAUGGAACUUUUCCAGAUGUACCAACGGCAUCCAUCUUACUCCAACUGGAUGAUGUUGUCGGGUGUGGCCGGGGUUGUAGACGAAGAGAAAAAGAUUUUGUCGCACCCCGAAAAACUUUCGUUGGUUCCGUGUAUUGUCGAGGUUCAACGACCACAUAGAAAUCAAACAAAAAAACAUCUUUUUAAAUAUUUUGAAGAUAAAUGUGUUCGAUACUGUGACAAUGGUGUUCAGUCAUGCAUAUCAAAGCUAUUGUUCUCGUUACGAGGGCCACGAUUCAGUCGUUGUGAUGUCAUAAUGAUUGACGGUUUGGAUGACAUCACAUGUUUCCCUGAAAAUUUGCGGCAAUUGGGAAAAAACAUGCUGGAAGGUUUGAUUGACAGGCAUCCCAGUUACAAAACUUGAAGAUAAGUUUCUCGACCAAUCACAUUCAGCCGACGAUAUUCAACAAUGUUUGAAAAUUCUCCAUGAAACGAAAUUCGUUUUCACUUCCGGGAUUUCAAGAGCACGUGUGAUUCCACGUAUGCACGCGGGUGCAUGGUUGAGCAGGGGGGUGGUGUAUAAGGGGGAGGCUGGAAGGGGGAUUGGCACUGGAGUGGGAAAUCCCCCAAACGAGGACGAACCCCCCCAAAUUGGGAAAACAUUUUUUUUUUUUGUGAUGUCAUCAACAGAUGAUGAUGAUGCCACAAGUGUUAAAGAAAGAUUUGGAGCGGUCAACACAUCUCAUUAUGACAUCGUGAAGUUCCUUUGUCGUCCAUGGCAUCAUAUUGACGGACAGAUCAAUUAUGACACGGCCAAAACUUUUGUGGCUGGAGUGUUUCUGCAUAUAUUGCGCAAUCCUGGUGUUAAUUUGCGAGGAUUGUCGAAACAAUUUGGCCACGCGAUGCAGAGGGUGGUGUUAGAAGAAGUGACGCAGAGCCUCGUGGAUUGUAAGUGUGUGUCGCGUCAUAGCAAUGAUCACGUCACAGGGACGUGGAGAAUAUUCGAUAGUGACGUCAUAAGUAAGAAUAAAAAGGAUGAUUAUUACAUCACAACCAACGAUGGAUUGUUACGUUUAUCAUACAUCAUAAAGCUGAUGGACGAGUUGGUGAAUGAGCGGGAAAAACAUUUUGAAUCUUUGUUGAAGAAUGAAUAAUUAUGACGUCAUGAUGUACUUUUGGUCACGUGAUUGUUGUAAAUAAAUUAUGCGCUCUGCUGCCAGUGGUGGU